AUGAAGCCGCUCACGCACACCUCCGUAUUCGGGUUCCUUUUCCUUCUUGCAUCUUCUAUAUCCUCCGCGUCCGAUUCCUCAUCCCCCAGAGACACCCUCUCCCCCUGCGUCGCACGCUCUCCCACCACCGGGCUAUACUAUGAUCUCAAUGCCCUGUCACUAUCGCCGCCUACCGCCGGCGACGAAAAAUCUCGUAAAAAUACCCGCGAGGAAAGUUGGCACGCCAAAGGCCAUGACUAUCGUGCCAAUUUUACCCUGAACAUCUGUGCCCCGGUGGUGGAAAACAUCAAAGAUGUAGUAGGGGUUGAUCGCGAACGGUGGGGGAACGUCAGUGCUUAUUACGAGCGAGAUGGGAAGAUUUACUCCAUAGGACAACAAGCGUCAGAACCGUUCUUCCGAGGGCGCAAACUGGUGUUGAACUACACUGACGGCUCACCCUGCGGCGAGUCCAGCGAAAAUCGGACCAAGUCGACGAUCAUGUCAUUCCUUUGCGACCGCGAUGCAGGACCAUCGCAAGUAACCCCGUCGUUCGUCGGAACCAUGGACGAAUGCACAUAUUUCUUCGAGGUUCGGAGUUCGGCCGCCUGUGGUGGCAUUCCCUUAUCUGAUGGCCAAGGCCUCGGACCAGGUGGCGUUUUUGGCGUGAUUGCGCUCAUCGCCGUCGCUGCGUAUCUGGUUGGUGGCUGUGCCUAUCAACGAACGGUUAUGCACCAGCGCGGCUGGAGACAGUGUCCCAAUUACAGCCUGUGGGCGGGGAUGUUUGAUUUUGUCAAAGACAUGUUCAUCAUCCUUUUCUCCUCCGUCGGCCGGUUAUGCCGUGGGAACCGGGCGCCUGCACUCGGGCACACUCGCGGUGGCAGCUCCCAACGAGGUAGCUUCAUCGGGGCGAUCGGCGGCCGCCGACAACCGCGGGCUGCAGACAUUGACGCCGAGAACAGGCUGAUCGACCAACUAGACGAGGAGUGGGACGACUGA